AUGGUACGACAGCGCAGGGGGCCGAGCUCGUUGUCCUCCUCCGUACAUGCGUGCAGGUCACGGAAAAAUUCUGCUACUAUAUAUACCGAUUCCAGGUACACUUUUGGAGUGGUGCAUGAUUUCGGUCAACGACGGAAGAACCGCGGGUUUAUAACAUGCGGGGUGGAGGAAACACAUCAAGCACUACCGACUGGUACGCGACCUGUUGUCAGCGAUCCUCCUUCCCCGCCGUUUUGCGGUGGUCAAAUGUGCGGCCCAUUCGGGGGGCACCGACGCCGUAAUCCUCGAAAGAGAUGCGCUACGCCUAGUAACCAAGCCACACGUAAAGGCGAAAAAUUGGACGUGUUUGUCAAAGGGUGUUUCGGGCAGCACGCCAUUUGGAGCACAUUAUACGUGGUGGGAGCUUUUCCGCACUACCAGCCUUGCUACGACAACCGUCGGAAGCAGCAAAUGAAAAAGAAAAUCAUAUAUAUAGUGGAUUUAAAGAGCCGGCCGGUGGAUAGUCAGACGGAGCCGUCAGAAAGCAUGUAUAUAAGGUUGGCGAAUGGGGGAAGUCGAUGUGCCGGAAGAGUGGAGAUUCGACACAGGGGAAGCUGGGGGACUGUGGAUGAAGAUGAUUGGGAUAUGCCCGAUGCAACAGUGGUGUGUCGUGAGCUGGGCUGCGGCGCUGCGCUGAACGCCCUGACAGGUGCGAAGUUUGGGGAAGGAUCCGGAGCAGUUUGGACAACUAAUGUUAAGUGCGACGGGAAUGAGUCCGCUUUUAAGGAUUGUACAUCACGUCCAUGGGGAGACACUGGAUAUUCCCACAAAUGGGAUGUCGGUGUUAUCUGCAAAGAUCACAGAGCUGUAAAAUUGGAGGCCGGAACUGACGCAUGCUCUGGAAGACUGGAGGUGCAGUUUGGUGAAACCUGGAGCACGGUGUGUGACCUGCACUGGGACUGGAAUAAUAGCAACGUGGUGUGCAAUCAGCUUCAAUGCGGGGUUGCUGUUUCCGUGCUGGGCGGUGCGUAUUUUGGAGAAGGAACAGGGCCAAUAUUGAAAAAUGAUCUACAAUGUAAAGGUAAUGAGUCGAGCCUAAGCGACUGCUCAGUUGGUUCAAGGACUUAUGAUUGCAGCCACAGGAAUGACGUCAGUCUGAAAUGUUCCGGGAAAAAUGGACCGAGGUUGGUUGGUGGGGAGAACAGAUGCUUUGGCCGUGUGGAGGUCCUACACGGCGACCAGUGGGGUACAAUUUGUGAUGAAUAUUUCAGCCUGGAAGACGCAGCCGUUGUUUGUGAACAGCUACAUUGCGGUGCAGUAAAUGAUACUCCUAUAGGUGCUCACUUUGGCAAAGGAAACGGGCCGAUGUGGAAGGAUAACUACCGCUGUCUGGGAAACGAGUCCCGAUUAGCUGAGUGUCCGGUUUCAGCUUUGGGUCAGAAUAGCUGUUCGCAAGGAAAUGACGCAGGUCUCCGCUGCACUGAUGAAGUAUUGUCUGCGAGAUUAACCGAUGGGUUAAGCCGAUGCAAUGGUCGAGUGGAGGUUUAUGACGGCCGUACCUGGAAAAUAAUGCAGGAUAAAGUAUGGAACAUCAAUGACGCAAAUGUUGUCUGCAGACAACUGCGUUGUGGCAACGCUACAUUCGCCUACAACUCUUCCAAGCUCCGAGACAGCGUAUGGCCAGUAAAGGCGAUGGACGUUCAAUGUGAAGGAAGCGAGUCGCACCUCCGUGACUGCAGAAUGUUGAUAAUGAAUCGGUCGUCUUCUGACAUCACCGGCGUUGGUGUUCUGUGCUCAGGCCAUUUGCAAAUUCGACUGUCCGGAAGUGAAGAUCCAUGUGCAGGACGACUUGAGUUUUAUUACAAUGGUUCUUGGGGCACGGUUUGUGAUGAUUCCUGGGAUCUGGAUGACGCUAAUGUGGUCUGCAGGCAACUAGGUUGCGGAUUCGCUUUGGAGGAUAAAACACGAGGUUAUUGCGGAGAAAGUGCUGCCCCAGUUUGGUUGGAUGAACUAAGAUGUUCGGGGAACGAGUCAUAUCUGUGGGACUGUCCCUCAGAACCGUGGGGCAAAACUGAUUGCAGUCAUAAAGAAGAUGUGUCAGUUAUAUGUUCUGAGUAUAAGCAAAUGCGCCUAGAGGGCGGCAACAAUCCAUGUGAGGGGAGAGUGGAGGUCUGGUACAAUAGGACCUGGGGAACAGUCUGCUCCACGAAAUUUGAUGCCAAGUCUGCGGAAGUGAUCUGUAAACAAAUGAAAUGUGGCCCUGUGAAAUCUAUUUAUCUUGGCUCCUAUCAAUAUAAGAAAGGACUUGGGCCAAUAUGGUUAGAUGGGAUCGAAUGUACUACGCACGAGUCGGUCCUUUGGCAGUGUCAUUCACAACCAUGGGGAAAGCACAAAUGCAACCAUUAUGAUGAUGCAGGUGUUGCAUGUCAAGAAGCAAGUAUUUCUUCAAGAAAAAAUGAUAAGGUCUGCGAACAAGUGAAUGAUUCGCUGAUUGGCCCUUUAACAGGUCUGUCAUUGCGUCUUUUCGCUGGCAGAAAUAGCUGCGAAGGCCGAUUGGAGGUGCGGUUCAACAACACCUGGGGCACGGUGUGCGAUGACUCCUGGGAUCUGGCCGAUGCCCAAGUAGUCUGCAGACAGCUGGGCUGUGGUCUUGCUCGUUGGGCUCCAGACAUACCUGCAAUUACCCAGGGAGACGGUGAUAUUUGGCUGGAUGAAGUAAAAUGUUCGGGAAAUGAAUCUUCUUUGUCUAGCUGUCAUUCCUCCACUCCCGGCCAUCACGAUUGUGAUCACAAGGAAGAUGUCAUCGUUGCUUGUUCUGAUUCCAGAGUGACUACCAAUAACAGUAGUAUCCCAGGAUUUGGAAACGGGACCCCCUCCAUUAUGGCUAUUGUCUGCAUAACCCUUGGGAUCAUCGUCAUCGCUGAGUUCUUCGUUCUUUUAACGGUAGUACGGAGAGGGUCAACAAGAAGCGAUCCACUAGUGGGUGGCAGUGACUCACCUUUUGGCUUUUAUCAAGCUAUUUAUGAAGAGAUUGAAAACAUUUCAGAGGGGAAGAGCUUCACUAAAGCACAAGAUUCAGUCUCUGGAUCCAUUGAUUACAUCCAUCAAGUGGGAUAUUACACUAGCGAUAUUCUUAAUCCGGCGUGUCAGCCAGUGGAAGGUCCUGAAGAAAAUUCUUCCAGUAUUUGCGAACACCGGUUCCAAAAAUACGUCGUGUCUGGGAGGGCGUCCAAUGAGUAGUCGCCAACUCCGAGAAGAUCGAAUACACAUCAGAUCACCUUUCGACAGCAAAGGGCGCAUUCAUCAAAAAGAAAUGCAUUAAAGCUGUAAUUAUUAUUAUUCCAAGGAGGACAUUCAUCGUUAAAUAGUUUUAUCUUUGUCCGUGCGAAACUGUCAUUUUUCCUUUCAAAUUGAAUUAUUCGUUUUUACACUCUCAGAAUCGAGGCAGCAGAUUCAGAUGUGCCCUACAUUCUCAGCUCUAUUGUCAACGGACCACAAUGACAAACUGAACUGCCACACAUGCAGAGUUCCAAGUCUUUCUGCAUUUGAAUGCGUGGACGAUAUAUCCUCAUAAUUUACAUCAUUAACAUGAAGACAGUAGACAAGCUGUUCCUUCGUUUGUUUCCACUGUCUCUAUCCCAUCAACUGUGAUGUGAGGUUUGCGUAUUAUCUUAAAUUUCGAGACCAGUGUACUGUGUUCAAAUAUCAGCGGCACCGAAUGGAACUAACAUUAUUGAGGAGCACAUUUCCGUUUA